UGGGUUCAGCGCAGAUGAGUUUUUAGUUCAUUGUGCCUUCCUGCUGCUGCUGAUCUGAUGCUGUGGAUGUUGUCUGCCAGACACUGGACACUGCUGCAGGCAGCCUCUUGGGCUGCCUUUGAAGAAGGCAAGCUUGCCAGUCCUUAACCACAGGCCAGCAAAGAUAUUCAAACCUGUGUCAAAGAAAUAAGCCUAAAAGUUCUCUCAGAGAAGUUACACUGUAGAAAGAUAAGGUUAGGAGGCGGAGACUCCCCAGAGCUGCUUGUAGCUGAACCACAGCUGUAAAACGCUGCCAUAAAGCCUGUGUGGAUUGCUAGUAAGAUGGAUGCUCUACAUAAGUUGAAGAUUUUGGUGAUGUUUCUGUCUCUGGCUACUUUCACGAUCAUGGUGAUAAUGAAUGCUGGAAAUGCCACUGGAACUUUCAAAGGUCUGUUCAGGACAACCCCUGGAAACAUCUCAGCCAAGUACAGCACUGAUUUCACACCAGCUGGUUGGACUUUCCUCAUCUGGAAUGUCAUCUAUGGCUGGCAGCUUGCCUGGCUUCUCUACGCCCUGUCAGGGAUCUGUCGAAGGAAUGAGCUUGGAUAUGUCUUCAUAAAGCCAGACUUGCUGCCAAUACCUUUUUAUGUGGCGUGGUGUCUGAAUAAUGGCCUCAAUGUUGGAUGGCUCUUUUUGUGGGACCGAGAAUUCCUCCUUCCAGCCCUGGUGUUCCUGGCAAUCCUCUCUCUUACCACAUGUGCCUCCCUGUUUGUCUCCCACCGAGCCUUGAGCAUCCAUUCCUCAUGGUUUGUGAAGGGUCACAAAGCUGAGCUCUGGCUCAUCCGCAUUCUGGUCCAGAACGGGCUGGCACUGUACGUGACGUGGACCAGCAUCGCCACGCUGCUGAACUUUGCCGUCGUGCUGAUCUACAAGUGGGACGUGCCCAAUGAGAAAGCAACCACUGCUUCCCUGAGCAUCCUGGCUCUCGGCCUGGUGAUAUGGUUUUAUCUAGAAAACUACUUGCUUGACAAAUAUGUCCGCUAUAACCUCACAGUCUACCCAGUGGUCAUAGCAGCUCUGACGGGCAGCGCGUUCAGGAACGGCUCAUUUUCGUCCCCACUAACCAACGAUGCUUUUAUAGUUGUUCUGCUGGCACUGACAUGCUUGAUGUUUGCUGUUCGGCUGGGACUAGUCACAUGGAGACACUGGAAGAGACCACUGGAAGCAUCCCGAGGUCCAUCAGGCAUAGUGGCCUGAGACCUCUGGCACAUUGUAGCCAAUACUUGAAAGGGAGAAAAAAGAAUUGGGCAUGUGCUGGUCCCUCCUUCCUACAUCAAUUUCCUUGUGCUUUUCUCUCUUAUUCUCCAUUCCAUAUGCAGAUAUCGCAUGUCUGCAAAUGUGUCUUGUUCCCACAUCCUCUCGGAUCAGCUACUCACAACCCUGCCUUAAAUUACUUUGGUUUUAUGCUGGAAAAGUUCAGGAAAAGGUCCUGUGCACUCCUGUGCACCAUUGUGACAGCUGCGCUGUGGCUUUCUUCUCCUGUCAGUGCAAGGAGGGCUGCCAACAGGCACUCAGCAGGCUUGCACACACAGUUCUGGUUCUUUCCUUGGUAGCUCACUUUCUUUGAAGUGCAGAUCCAAGUGAACUGUCCCUGGAAUUCCAGGGCAGCAGUGGCAGGUCUGUCACUCCAUUGGCCAUCAGUGCUGAGCAUCCUCAAGCCCUGGUGCUGUCAGCAGAUCUCCUGCAGGCAGCCACUGCUCCUUUUCCUGCUUCUCUUCAGUGUGACAGGAACAGAUACUACAAUUUGAUAUCUACUUUUGCAGUUUCAGCUCUGAUGUUUGAUAUUCAAGGGGGAAGGGGGAGUGACUGAAGAUUUCUGACACAAGUGUGUUGCUUUUCCCUGACCUGUGCACUGCUUGGGCUGGCUGGAUCUCUCACUGGG